AUGGCUGCUGCCUCUUCUACUUUCCAUCAUCAGGCGCCGGGCUCCUCCACUGCUGCUUCUGGUGCAGCGGCUACGGGCGGGAAGAGACCCCCUCAGGUUGGGCUGAAUUUCAAAGCUCAGAAGUUAGGAUUCUAUCGCUAUGUGGUCUCCCAACUUUACGGUGAUGGCCUGAUGGACGAGGCGAAGUCCGUGGCGACACGGUUGAAUUUGAGCUUACCAGUGGAGCCGAGCAACGAGGAAAAUGACAACGGCAAUGCUCAGGGAGGUGCUAAUGUGAGCACUGAUCUUACCGUGGGGGGAGCCAUAGAAAAGGAUUUCCUUUAUGAUGUAUAUGCGGAUAGUAUAAGAAGGCAGGAAAAGGGGUUUGAAGCGAAUACAUGGAAGACGAUUAAGUGUCGACCCUAUCCACCGUUGUCGGCUCAUGAGGAGCAUCUUGAUCUGAGAAUUAGUUACAAGGAUAGACUGCAGGCCCAGUUGGAAGCUGAGGGAAGGGACCAGCCGUUUAGGGGGAGAGAGGUGGAUGAGAUGGACCUCGAUGACGAUGAUGAUGCUCCUCGAGGAGAGGUGUAUGAAGAGGAUAUGAUUACUGAGGAGGCAAAGAGGGUCACUAGACCGACUCCUGUGGUACGCUUGCGGUUCACGACACAGCAUAAGAAGGAAGUUCGUUGUGUGGCGUUCAGCCCGGAUGGUCGACUGUGUGCUUCUGGCUCCACCGAUACGUCUAUUAAGGUGCUGGAGACGGCGAAGAUGAGGAUGCAUGCGGUGGCAGGGGGAGAUGCGACACUGUUGAGAGCGGGGGAGAGGGACGAUGGACUCAGACCGGUGGUUCGAACCUAUUAUGACCAUGUUGGCACUGUCACCAGUGUCUCAUUUCAUCCUAGGCAGCCUAUACUGUUCAGUGGGAGCUACGACAAGACGUUGAAGGUCUAUGACUUGACUAAGCCUAACCAGAAUAAGCGAGCACAACAUAACGUCGUGGAUGUGAGGUUUGGGAGGAGUAUUGUUGGAAAGAUACGAUUCCUGCCUCAGGUGUAUCCGAUAAAUAAGGUUCAAGUUCACCCAUGUGGCGACUUUGUUUACGUUGGUACUCUGCACAGAGUCAUCCGUCUCUACGACACGAGGACGCUCCAAUGCUUUUCUGCCUACUACGGUGGGGGUUCGGGCAUUGGGGGCGGUGGUGGACAGCAUCACAACGGCAGUGUGGGGCUUGGCGGAAUCUUCGCUGUUUUGGAUAUCGCAUGUGCGAGUGACGGUAGCGUUUUUGCAUCAGCAGGGAGUGAUGGCUGCGAUGACAAUAAGGUUAGGUUCUUCGACAUCGUCAAAGGCACCAAAAACAUAUACGAGAUGGAGGAAGAAGGUAUCACGGGGAUAUCUCAAAGUCAGGCAGCUGCUGGUAUGGACAUGGACGAGACUGGUGCGGCUGUGGUGCCUCCUGAAGGUGGCGCGGCUAGAGGCUUCGUCGAGCACAUUGGUACUUAG